AUGUCUUCAACAACGCCCGUCUCCCACCUCCCCCAGUCCGAGAUUGACGCCAUAAUCCGUACGAAGAGAAAGGUGCGCGAACCGAAGGCAUGCUACCCGUGCCACACCCGAAAGGUCAAAUGCGAUCGCAACUUGCCUUGCGACGGGUGUGUAAAACGAGACCAUGCAGAUCUAUGCUCCUAUGAACGCCCCUCCAAAAAGCGCCAUGUGAAUACCCCUCCUCCCCACGACUCCGAGGAUAUGUCAAAAAAUCUCGAGGGCUCCGGAAAUGUCUCGGUUGGAGACGUUGAAAUGCAUGGUAUGGCGGCUGAGCAGGAGAGAGUAUCGAUAUCACGGGCUGAGUGGGAGAGCGUUUGUUCAAAGCUGAAAGAGAUGGAGCGCGCCAUGUCCUCGCUCCGAAUGGAAAUGGAAAAGGUUGACAGCACUGCAUUGGUGUCACCGGAGCCUCUUAGCGAACAGGCCCGCCUCCCUCGUGACGAGCCCUUAUCAGAUCGUGAAGGAAUUCAUGCAAAAAAUGUGUACGGAGGGGGCACUGUUCAUCUGGGAUCUAGAUCAGUUCUUGCUUAUCUGCUUGGAGGAUCACCCAAGGAAGCCACUCAAGCAUUAUUGGAGGGUGGCAUUCUUCCAAAGUUAGGUCUCGACAAUGAGACUGCCACAUAUCCAUUUAUUGACCUCUGGUCCUCCGAUUCAACCACAUACGACAUCAGGUCUGUUUGUGCUGCUAUUCCAGAUGAUAAACAGUGCCGCAGACUGUUCAAGUACUACCGUGAUAUCGCGGCAUUAAUCUACCCUGUACUUUCUGAUCUUGAUCGGUUUGAGGAGAACUUAGAGCUAUGUCUUCGGAACAGGGCUGCUUUUGGGAUUAGCGAACAUGACGGUGAUGAGCUGAGUAAGCCUUUUGGCAUGCCCACAGCGUUUGUGGGCUUGCUAUUCGCUGUGCUAGCCGCAGGCUGCCAAUCGUCUGAUAUGCCAGGAAAGGAACGUGAAUUGACUUCUCAGGUAUAUGGUAUGUAUGGUGUUGUGUUUUCUGACUAG